CGCGGCCGUUACCGGGUAACUAAAGUGUCAAUCAAGAUGCUGUACGCCGUCAACUUUCACAGCCGCCCCAUUGGCCACUUCUUGUCCUCGGAGGAUGCUGGGGGGGUUCGUCAGGAUUGGACUGUAGUUCACGAUGAUACCCUCUGGGGUGGCCACGAAACAGUCCCAGCGCAUGUCAUUCGCAGAGCUGAUCAUCUCCACCGCGUUCUCCACGUCAUCCAGGACGCAGCUGCUGAAUGGUAUCCGUCCGCCGUUGCGGACAUUUUCCGUGCGGUACACGAUCACGCGUUGCAUCAUGUGCCGAAGUCGGCCCCAUUGCAACUACUCAACGCGAUGUGCAACGUCUACCAAGCGGUUUUUUCGGGUCUAUUUGAGGACAUUCAUCAGAUUCCGCCCGAGAAUGGAGCACCAGUGUGCGUUCGAUACCAAGUGGUCAAGGAUUGCACGUUC